CUAAUAUACUUUGGAAAAUAAUUUGAGAUGAAGUGAGUAUUCAGUUCCGUAAUUCAAUUUAGAGUCCAUUUGGCGACUAUGUUUUUGGCUUAUCAUGUUUAUUAGCGGACCUUUUCAUCAAACACUUGACUUUUGAUUUUCCGCGUUGGAUUGUGUAAUAAUAAGGAAAAAUAUAGUUGAAGUUACUUUUCUGGUUGUUCCUGUAGAGGAUCAUAUCAGCUAUUUUUCACACAAUUUUUUCUUUUUUAAUUAAUAAAAUAUAUUUUAAAGUUUAUAAAGUUCAAGUGAAUGGGUCUAAGGAUUUUAUGACAAUUAACUAAUGAUCGUACGUGUUUGGGUUGAGUGAGAUGUAGAAUGAACCUAAAACGGCUUUACGGGAUGGGAUUCCGGAAAGUAGCGGUGACCGGCAUGCAACCGGUGGGGUGCAUACCCGCCGUCGUCGUCGCUCCGUCCACUUUCAGUUACCCCAGCUGCAACGCCUUAUCUGUGGCCCACAAUUUCUUCCUCAAGCUGCUAGUAAGUUUUCUCAACAAGUUCAACCGAACCGGUCCUUUUGUCAUCAUCGAUCUUUAUGCCGCCUUCACCGCUGCCCUCAACAUUCACAACAACCUCCCAGGUAGAUAAUACGAAUAUGUGUAUGGAUAUAUAGCUAGAUACACAAUAAAUAAAUUCCUUUUGACCUUUGUUUUUGUACAUUCUAGCUCACGUAUAUUUUCAUCUAAUAUUUUUAUUAGAAUAUAUUAUAUGAUUUGAUCAAUCCCCCAAUAUCCUCCUGUAAUAUCCCUUGAUUCCCUCUUGUAUUUAUUCUCUUUCCUUGUAUUACUUCAUGGUGAUUGUAUAAAUUGUGACAUAGUGGAGACUUUCCCCUCAAGGGGCUUUAUUCAAAUGUUUUACAUGGUAUCAGACUGUUCGAUCCAACCCCCAUCUUAGUUCCAUUUUUUUUCUUUUUCCAGUCAUGGUUGGCGACAACCAGCCCUCCAAGUCUACCAUCCAUCCUGCUCUCACACUGAACAAUAUCAAAACCCACAUCCCAAUCACUCUUGAUCUUAAAGAUGAUGAAUACUCCUCAUGGGUUUUCUUGUUUGAGCUUCACCUUGAGGCUCACAAUUUGAUGUUUCUAAUUGACGGCGAAGCUGCCCCAAGCACCAUUGACGGCCCCACCCGCAAGCAAUUGGAUGCUCUAGUUCGUCAAUGGAUGUUCUCCACCAUGUCCAAAGACUUGAUGCUCACCGUCCUAAAAUCCGGCAAAACCGCCAAGGACCUAUGGGACCGUCUUAAGUCUCUCUUUCAAGACAAUAAAGGUACUCGUGCUGCACUGAUAGAAAUCAAGUUCGUUAAUCUCAAGUUUGUGGACUGUUCAAGUGUGGAUGACUACUGUGACAAACUCCACACCUUUGCUGAACGUCUUCAAGACCUGGGAUUUGCCAUGGAUGACAAACGGCUGGUCAUUCAACUGGUCAACGGUCUGCCGCCCGAAUAUGACACCGUGGCUUCCUUAAUUUCCCAAACAAUGCCUUCAUUUGAGGCUGCCCGUUCUCAAUUGCGUACGGAAGAAAAACGUCGUGCCCAGCAAUCUGCGGUUACUUCCCCUACUGCACUGGUCGUUCCAGCAUCUCCUAGUGCAGCAGCUUAUCAAACGGAGCCUUCAGCAUCGAAUCAGGCCGCGGUAUACCAGACAGAGGCUUCAGCAUCCAAUCGGGUCUCCACUCCGACCCGACAGCCUCGAAUCUCUAGCAACCACCGCCGGAGCCGUUCAAACAAUCGACGCCCUAUGAGUUCUGAUUCGUCCGGCCACUCGUCUCCUGGUCGAUUUCUGGCUCCAGGUCACUCCCCUGCUGGCGCACCGCUAAUACCCGGCUAUCCCUCGCCGUGGCAGCCUUUCUGGGCGAUUCCGCCGUGCCCCUAUCCGACGGCAUCGCCGGGACCUCUCUGGACGCCUUCACCCGGUCGUCUCUCUGGUGCACGAGGCAGUUCUGGGCGUCCUAUUGCGGCUGCGGCAAACUCAAAUCAAGGGCAGGCCUAUUUUACUCCUACGGCAGAAACGUUGCAUCCAGAAGAUCUGGCCCAAGCCUACAGCUCUCUUUCUCUAAAGCAGCCAGAUAAUAAUUUUUAUAUGGACACAGGUGCUACUUCGCAUCUCACCGCGGAUUCAGGACCUGACUUCGGGGACAUGUAUUAUGAGAUGCAAUAGCACCGGGGAGCUAUAUCCUAUCACCACCAAUACAGUGGCUUCCAAGCCUAUACCUCUCUCACUUGCAGUUGUGUCACCAGAUCUUUGGCAUAAUCGACUUGGCCAUCCUGGCAAGGCGGUUAUGGAUUCACUUCGCACUCAAUCUUUAAUUAAUUGUAAUAAGGAAUAUAAUUCCAUACUUUGUCAUUCCUGUCAAAUUAGUAAACAUGUUAGGUUACCAUUUUUCCCUUCCGGGCCUAAUACUGUUGCUCCGUUUGACAUUAUUCAUAGUGAUUUAUGGACAUGUCCCAUUAAUAUUAAUACUGGUUUUCGG